UUGUAGUGGUUUUUUUCUAUUAAUUAGUAUAAUUUAUAAUAUAUAUUGAUAUUUGAAAAUGGGAUUUUCAAAUCAAUCAGAAGAUUUAAAUACAGGGGAAAGAAAGAUUGUGUUUCAUUGGAGACGGCAUCGAAGAUGUUUGGAUGUGUAUAUCAAAAAAAAGAAGUUGAAGCAAUGCGAUGAGUUUUUAAGGAAACAUUUAAAAGAUAUAAAAAAUACAGAAGAAACGAAUAAUUUAAAGCAGAAUUGUUUGGAUAUGGUUAAAAUUCCAAUUGAAACAAAGACAAAUUUACUUCAAAAUAAUAUAUCAAUGAAAGAAGCACUAAUAUAUAGUUCUAAAGAAAUUUGCGAAUGGUUAUAUCAAAAUGAAUUUAAUAUUGAAAAUCAAAAGAUUUCUUUUGAUAAUAAUAUUUUUAAUGGAUCAUUAUUAAAUCCUUUUAACUGCUUUCGAAUAAUGGAAUUUCUUCCUUUUGAAAGCCAAAGAAAAAAUUUAAAGCUUUAUCAUACGAUAAAUAUACCUUCAAAUUAUAAUACAAUGGAUAAUAAUGAAAAAUAUUAUCUAAAGGAUAUGAAAUUAUUUAUUCAAAAAAACCCCUCAUUAAUAUGCAAAAAAGGAACUGUUGAGUCAUUGAUUAUUUCAUCAUUAAUAAAAUUACAUGAAGAUAAUAAUCAAAAAUUAAUGAAAUUUUAUAUUUUUUGGAAUAAUAGCUUCAGAAAUAAUAAUGAUCUUAAAAUGGAAGACUUUCAUAGAUUUGAAAAAACAAAUAAUUUACAUAAAAUGUUAAAAUAUGAUGAAUAUACAGAAAAUUCAUGGAAUAAUUCUUCGAUAAUCUUAUUUGAUAAUGAUAUGGAAUUGAAUUUGUUGAAUGAAUCUAAAUUUCUGACAUCAAGUUUUCAUCAAAAGGAAACAUACAAUUCCGAAGAUUUAUUAGAAGCAUUUAGAAUACCAGAAUAUUUCGAGUUCGGGCUUUCUGAUUCUUCUAUUGAUAAAAAAUCUAUUUUUUAUGUUAUUAAUGAUUAUGAUGAGGAAUUUUCUUUUUACAUCUCACUUAUUUCAAAAACUGAUCAAUUUCAAAAUUCUAAUUUUUAUAAAACAGCAUUUCAUAAAAGUAAAAAUGUUAAGAAAAAAUCAAGUUUUUUAUAUAAAAAAAAAUAUCUGAGUUAUUAUUUUAAUAUCUAUUGGAAAUUUUUUAGAUUUUUUCAUAAGAAAAUUACAUCUAUGGGUUUUUCUAAUUCUAAAGAUUACCAAAAUUGUAAAUGCAAUGUUUUGAAUAAGGAGACCAAAUCUAAUAAAUCUUUAAAUAAUAUUAAUACUUCAAAAAAAUUAAAUUUGAUAUUGUCAAAUAUUUUUAACACGUUAACAGAAAAUUGUAAAAGUUUAUGGAUACCAAAGAUUAUUACUUUAAAGAAUCGUGAAUUUACCCUAAAACUGACUAAAAUAGUUCAAAUUACUAGAGAUAGACAAACAUUUAUAAUUGUUGACUUGACUAAAUAUAUAAAUGCUAUUGACAUUAGAAAACAGUUAUGUAAGAAACUUGGAAUUGUAGAAUCAUGGUCUAAGUGUCGUAUUUUUAUUAUUGAAAUUUAUAACAAUGAAUAUGAAGAAGAAUUGAAUGACGAAAAAUUAGUUUUGGCAAGAUUUUAUGCUGAUAGUCUUGGAAGUUUAAAAUUUUUUAUAGAAUUAUCUUCAAAAGAAAUCGAUAAAAGGAAUAAUAAUGACAUCAUUCCUGUUUAUUCAACACCUAAUAAUGAUUUUUUUAAAAUUUUUUCAAAUAUUUUAUCUAAAAAAACAGAUUUGGAGUUUAAUAAAAUUCAACUAAAUAAUCCAAUAUCUAAGUGGAGCGAUAAUGAUAUUAUAUUAAUUGAAGAUUUAAAUUAUAGAUUAGGAAAUCAAGAUUUUCAUGAAAAAUUAAAGGAUGAAAAUAAAAAAACGAAUUUAUUUAGCGUUUCUAAGAAUGAUCAAGAUAAUUUUUUUAUAAAAAAAAAUCAAAACAAUAUAAACAUUAAGUCUGGUCCUCUAUUAAAUAAAGUUUUCAAUUUAUCAGAAUAUUCAAAAUUCUUAAAUAAUAUACAUUAUCAUAUUAAUGACAGAAAAAAGAUAAAUAUUAAAGAAAUACAACUAAAACUAGGAAAAUCCUGUAUUUCCAAAAAUUUUUUAUUUAUUUUAGAAGAAACUUUCCCUUUAAAUUUAAAAAGAAAGUUAAUAGAAAAAUUAUUUAAUACCGAAAAUAAAUCAAAUUAUAGAAAAAAAGAUGAUCUAAUUCUUGCAAAUGGAAAUGAAUUGAAAAGAAUUGCUUGUGAUUUUAAAAAUAGUUUUUUUUUUUCUACUGAAUUAAACAAUCAGCAUUCUUAUUCAUAUGAUAAGAACAUUUAUGGUUUUUUAUUUAAUAAGGAAAUUAUUCAGAAAUUAUUAAAUAUUAAAUUUUCUAUUACAGAAAAUAUUUCAAUAGCUGAUAUUGAUUCUUAUGAUAAAAAUAUCUUUCGAACAUAUGGAUCAUCCGAAAAUUCAUGCAGCAAAGAAAAUAUUAUUUCUUUUAAUAAUGAACUUGGAUCAAAAGAAUUAUUUCCAGAUUUUUUUAACUUAAAAUUAAAUAUUCCUAGAAGUUUUUUCGAAGAUAAAAUGAUAUCUAAUAUUAAAACGUUUUCUGAUAUAAAUAGAGAAUCAGCAUUUAAAGAAUUUAUUGAUUUAUCUGAUGACAAUUCUGUUUCUAUUGGUGGGAUAGAAAAUGAACAAGAAAUGUUUUGGGCUGUAAAACCAAAAAAAAUUGCCGAUAAAAUAACUUCUAAUGAAUUAAAUAAUUCAGAUACGAAUUACUCUUCAAAUUAUAAAUCAGAAAGAAAUACUCCAUUGAAUACGCUAGAUAUAAUUAAUAUAUUAGAUACACAUAAAAAAAGAAUCGUUUUUAAUAAAUUUUCUAAACCAUCUUUAGAAUCAGAAAAUAUUGAAAAUAAUUUGCAUAAUUCAAUUUUAUAUAAAUCAUCAGUAACAUUAUCUAAAGAUAUUUUUGAGGAAAAGAAUCUCUGUUAUAAUGAUAAAUGGGAAAUUCGGCCAUCUACUCAAGUAGUUUAUGAUAAUUUGGAAGACUUUUUCCCAAAUCAUGAUCUCGAUAAGCCUAUAAUUAAUCAAUUGGCUGAUUUUAUUGAUUUUUUGGGCAUAGAUAAUAUCUCAGACAUAUUUUUAGUGUUUUUGAGAACAAUUUUCUCCGAUUACAACUUUAAUAUUGAAAAUUGCAUGAAAUCUAUCAAAAUUGUUGCAAAAGAAGCUAGUGAGUCCCAAAAAAAAUAUGAAAAUAAUAUUACAAAUAAAAAUCCUAUUCCAAGAAAAAAAAGUACAAAAUUAUGGGGAGUGAAGCUUCAAGAAAUGAAAUUGAAUAAAGAUAAAGAUGAUUACAAUUUUAAAAAAACCUGUAGCAUAAAGAGAACACCAACAUUUAAGUGGAUAAAAGGUAAGUUGAUUGGAAAAGGUAGAUAUGGAGAGGUAUAUUUAGCUAUGAAUGCAACUACUGGAGAGAUGUUAGCAGUAAAACAAGUAAAACUUUAUCAUAAUUUAGAUAAUCAAGACAAUGAAUAUCAAAAAGAACUGAUUAAUGCUUUAAAUAAGGAAAUAGAAACAAUGAAGGACCUUGAUCAUCCUAAUAUUGUUCAAUAUUUAGGGUUUGAAUCAACUAAAACAACAAUUAGCAUUUUUUUAGAAUAUGUUUCAGGCGGGUCUAUUGGGAGGUGUAUUCGAAAAUAUGGAAAAAUUGAUCAACAAACAAUACAAUUAUUUACUCGUCAAAUUUUAGAAGGGUUAACUUAUUUACAUUCUCAGGGAAUUCUUCAUAGAGAUUUAAAAACGGAUAAUAUAUUAUUAGAUGUUGAUGGAAUUUGCAAAAUAUCAGAUUUUGGGAUAUCUAAAAAAAGCAAAGAAGUUUAUGAUAAUGAUUCUAAUAUGUCAAUGCAAGGGACUAUUUUUUGGAUGGCACCGGAAGUUAUACACAAUCAAAAACAAGGAUAUAGUGCAAAAAUAGAUAUUUGGUCAUUAGGUUGUUUAGUUUUGGAAAUGUUUGCAGGGAAACGUCCCUGGUCUGAUGAUGAAGCAAUUGGUGUCAUGUUUAAAGUUGGAAAUGAACACCUGGCUCCACCAAUUCCACAUGAUAUUCAACAAAAUAUAAAAAGCGAUGCAUUAGAUUUUCUAAAAUUAUGUUUUAUAGUUGAUCCAAGUUUAAGGCCAACUGCUCGUCAGCUUCUUAGCCAUCCUUUCAUAAAAAAUGCUGAUUCUAACUUUAAAUUUUCUGAUUCUUCAUUAAGUCAAAUAAUCAAAUUAAAUUAA